UCAGUCAGUUGUCGACUACGUGUCCAGACGAUUGGUUGGCAUAAUGAUUGUGCUAUUUUGUAUGCUGAUCGUCCUCGGUUUAUGCCAUUGCAAUGAUCUCCCAUCAAGAACUGAAGUCGAGAGCUCGAUCAACCGAACAAUCGAUGAAGUCGAAAGAUUAAUUCGCGAAAACUCGACUUUGCCACAACUUACUAGACGUGAAAUUAUUGAUAUUCUUUUCAAUAUUACAUCUAAAGAUCUCGAGACCAAAGAUAGAUACCAGAACAAAGAAUCAAUCGAGAAAGCAAGAAAUAUCUACCAAAAAGCUUUGAUGGUAGUCCUGCCUUAUAACGCAGAAAAUGCGAAGGAAAGCAUCAAAGAUUUAUACACUAAACCACCAAUAGUUCAAAUAAUUACGGAUCCUUCUUCCAAUUCAAAGGAGGUUGAAACGUGGAAAAACGAGAAGCUACAAAUAAACACAUCCAUGCAAGAAACAGAACACGAAAAACAAUCUCUUGAAAAUAUGAUAGUGCCAUCGUAUGUUCCAGCGAAAAUCUUGCCAAAAGAAAGUUCAUUUGCGCAAUCGAGAUAUAAGAAUCAUAGAGAAACAUAUUCGGAGGUGCAUUCGAAGAUGCCGUUAAAGGAGACACUCAAAUUUGAUUCAGCACCAAUCAAAUUUAGCUUCAACUUAGAAAGCUUACAAAAACAACCGACAUUUACCGAGAUAUCAACAACUACCAUUAGACAACCAGUAUUUAAAGGAUCUUCAUUAACCAAAGACGAAGACGUUUACAUAGUAUAUAGUACGAGUGCGACAACGGUUCGAACAGUAGAGACAAAAAAGAAUGCUUCAGUUAUUAAUUUGGUACCAGAAAGAACGACAUCUCGUUCUUUAAAAUCCACUGGAAAUGUUUUGUCUGUUGAUCAAUGGCGAUAUAAUGCACCAACGAGGCAAAGUAUCAUAACGUCAACGAAAAAUACAGAUACGCUCUUUAAAAAUAUUCGCGAAGAGCAACCGUUUCUUCCAACUGCAGCGAUGUCAUUGGAAAGUGCAACGCCAACUGUAAUUAACAAAAUUAAACAUAUUCCAGAAAUUUUAAAAACAACAUCUGGAAAGAUACAAGUUACGAGUACUGAACAAUCAGCUUCUAUUUACGUGACACCGAUGCCUUCUUCUCCUUCUGUCUCUUCUUCAUCUUCUUCCGAGAAAUUAAAAUCUAAUGCCACGUAUAAUUCAAAUUCUGGAGGUUUUCGCAAGAUCACAAUGAUGAGAACGUCGACAACGAUGCGUCCAGAAGUAAUGGAGCUGCUUGCCUCAAUUGGUCUUCGACCAGAAAAUACGACAAAUGUGGAAGACGUCUUUAAAAAGAAUAAAGAAAGUUUGGAGAUUAAAUCAAGAAUUCCCAACAGUAACGGUUUAGUACAUGCAACUUCCGGUCUAACAGCCAUUGCGCCUAAUUCACCAUCGAUAACCGCUCAAAAUACUUUCGAGAAUCCUGUUUCAGAAAUCGGUAAGGGCAUGAACAAUUUGACGCCUGAUAUACAAUUGCUUUUUCAACGAUUUGGUUUGCAAACAUCCAAUCUGGCAACGACUACAACAUCUACGCUCAAGUCAACUAUUAAUAUAAACUCUUAUACCAAUUUCAAGCCUUUGCCAACGUCUAAAGUAAAAAACGAGGAUAUGAAAGAAUUUUUAGCGAAAUUCGGGCUUGGUGUCAGUGAUAGUAGACAGAAAAAGGCCAUGUUAGCGUUAACAGAACGACCAUCAUUGAUUGAAGCUGUUCCAGAUAAUAUGAGACAGAUCUUAGAGAAUAUAGGCCUUAUAUCUCGCAGGACAUCAACGCCAAAGAUGGAGAAUAUAGAACCAACAAAAAUGACUAAGCUCCACGUAUUCAAACCUCACGAAGUUCGUGUGAAGGAUGAAGAGCAGAGAAUAAAAAUUAACGAACUUUUAAAUAAAAUCAGAUUGGUUCAGGAAGGAAAAAUAAGUGCGAAAGACGUACGAAAAGUAGCUGAUGAUUUACUCACAACGACCAAAACUUUAAAGAAUGGACCAGAUCCACUGAGUCUAGAAGAGAUAAUUCAAAUUUACAAUGAAGACAUGAAAAAUGAAGUGAAAAGACAACAAAAUCCAAAAGAAAUUAUUGAAAUUACUACCAAUGACGAUCGAGCUCUCGCGAGUACUACACCAACACCUACUGACACUUCCUCGACAACAACACCAAUCACGACUACGACCACAAGCACGGUGACUUCAGAUUCCACGAAGGAUGGUUCGGACUUCCGGGAUGCGUUGACAUCAGCUCCGGAGUCAUCGACAUCUGCAGGAACAAAUCUAGCAGCGCUGGAGGAAUCCUUUGGUGGCACUACCCGUGCACCGGAUCCUGUUCUACCAACAAAACGAAAAAACGGUUUAUAUUUUCUUGUGGAUUGGAAUACCUUUCUCGAGGUCGGUGAAGAUGAUAAGGAGAAAGUGAACCUGAGAUUUGAGCCAAAAGUAGGCGAUAGGACAAGAUUUCUGCCAGUCAGCAUACCGUAAUUUAUAAUAAUUUAAUAAUUUUAAUAUAAUAUUAUUUUUUAUA